AUGCCGCCUUCCAAGCGUAAAGCCCGUCGCAAACCUCAGGAUAUCCUCGCCUCUUCUGAGCUUGAUCUUCCAGAUUCAUCACCCACACGUUUCUCCGCAAAGAAGCGCAAGGUCAACAACCCACGUCCAGCCCCAAAAAGACAGUCGGCUACCCCCGAUCUCGACGAUGAUCAACCCAUGGUCCAUGAUUCCGGCGAUGAAACAGAAGAAGUCUCCCAGAUAGACCUCAUUGAUUCCGUUGUCUCCUAUCUCCAAACCUCCAAAGACCCUAUCGUCGCCAGUGUAGAGCAUUCCAACGAUAAAGAACAGAACAACAGUCCGCAAAAGGUCUCGGCCUAUGCAAAGAUUGCCGGUCGCGACUGGACCUAUUUCGUGCGCGAACAAUCCGUCAAUUUCGGUAGACCUCCCGAUGAUCGCCCAGUCAUCAAUGGUGCCUCCAGCCCGAUCGCAGAUCUCAAAGAUGCGUUCCCUGUCCAUAUCGAUCUGGGCCCGAGCAAGAUAGUAUCUCGUCAUCAUGCCUCCAUUUAUUACGAUGCGGAUUAUCCCGAGGACGAGGGUGGCUGGCACGUUCGAGUUAAUGGCAGAAACGGUGUCCGAGUCAACAAUAUCUUGAUCAAGAAGGGACUGAGGAGACAGAUCAAAUCAGGCGACAUUCUAGAAAUCGCCGGCACUCAGAUGAUGUUUGUCACACCCGGUGACAAGGUCCAAAUAGAUCAGUCUUUUAUUGAUCGUGCCAAAGCAUUGGCCGCUGGCGAAGAUCUCGCACCUGCCCACUCGCAUCCCGAGCCUACCAAAUAUGAUGGCGCCUCCUACGCGACAAACACCGGAUUUCCGUCUCUGGCACCAGCUCCACCACAUAUGAAGCGUGAAGCAACCCCUCCCAAUCAGCUGGACGGAGGCAAAACUCAACGAGGAGUUUUUGACAGCAAGAUGCCCAUGUCGCCCAUGUACGGACGAGGAAUGAUGAUGGAAAGCACCCAAGAAAUCGAUUACAGUCGCGACUCCGCCAAGGACCUCAAACCACCCUUCAGUUAUGCCACCAUGAUUGCACAAGCCAUUUUCUCCAGCGACGAGGAGAAGUUGACCCUGAGUAAUAUAUAUUCCUACAUUGCCGACAAGUAUGCCUUCUAUCGGCAUUCCAACAGCGGCUGGCAGGUUGGUUUCCCUCUGAAAUAUUCACAAGUGACCCUAGGUCUAACAUUUAUGCAGAACUCGAUUCGACACAACUUGUCACUCAACAAAGCUUUCCAAAAGGUUCCCCGACGGACUGAUGAGCCUGGCAAGGGAAUGAAAUGGCAAAUCGCGCCGGAAUUUCGACAAGAGUAUUGGAAGAAACAAGCACGACGUGGUGGUGGUUCUGCUCCCUCAUCACCAGCUUCUUCCAAAGACGUCAAUCCGAAUUUUCGUGGGCCAAAUGGACAGAAUCUAGGCUACGACACGUCCAUGGUCAGUUCAUUCUCAGCCAGGGACGGGCAAGGGCGUGUGAUACCGCCAACUCCAAAGGUGAAUCUGCAAUUCCCAUCUCUAUAUCCCGGUGGCUCCUCCACCGGUCCAACAUUGGCACCACCCUUCCAGCAACAUCAGGAAGCCAUUACUCCUCAGCGACGACGAACAGACACGCUUAGUACACUACCAGAUACCGAACUUGAGGACUCUCCACUUCCUCACAGGCAUGGAGGACCCACGCCACGGAUGGGAAACGGAUUACCAGCAUAUACACUUCCUUCGUCUGUACCUCCAGCCCAUCAUUCUCCCUCGAAUCCAACCCUUUCAUCCUCCUAUCUCGAUACGCCCUUCCGAUUUUCGCAGCACAGCAUUAUCACUCCAGCUCCAUUGCGACAGAAUCCUCGGUUGGCACCUCCCAGUACUCUUGUUGCGCCUAGCAAGUUCAUGCCAGAAUCAUCUCCUGCUGGCCCAGGCUUGUUCUGGAAAGGUCUCAUGGGAGUGACACCUGGACAUCAAGUCCCUGACAUAUCACCUGUCAAGGAUGAAGAUCACAGAUCGAACGGACUUGACCGACACGUGAUGAGCUCCAGUCCACCGCCCAUGGAUGCUGGAUUGGGAAGCCCGAGCAAACCGGGUCGGGGGAGCCAAGCAGCCACAGCAACAAGCUCCAGCGCGAAAAAGGAAGAGACUCCCUCAUACAACGCCAUGAGAAAUGGCGCCCUCACGGACGAAGGUCACAGGUUUGGUCGUAUCGGCGAUGGGGCGAGAAAGAUGAGCCCUUUUGGAUUGGGAGGUUCACGAUCCAGUGCCCCAGACUCAUUUAACAGCACAGUCCACGCACAAGGAAGUCAGCCAAACGCUGAGCGUCACCAACGUGGUGGGGAUGAUGAAGAUGAUGACGAUGGAGCAGGCGGAUUCGACCUUGCCAAAGGAUUUGCUCCGAUUGCCAGCGCUAGCUUCCAUUCGCAAAGAAGCAGCAGUAUUGGCAUUGCACGUGCAGGUUCUUGA